AACCUCCCCGUGAUGUGCUGGCGCUUGCGACGUUUGUCUAGUUGUGUCUGGUUGCUGUGCUUGGGACCUAGGAGCUCAGCCUUAGACGAAGGCCACACUCAUGUUUUCUCUUCUGCACGUACACAAUAUUAUCCUGGGGAAGCGGUAUCCUCUUGCCAUCUUCGUAGAUGUAACAAUGGUCCUCAUUGUCAACCCAAUAGUGUUGGUUCCGGGCCUUGUCGAACUCCCAUUUUGUGAAGACCAUGUUUCCGGGCGAGGCUCAAAGACACGCUAUGGACCGAAGCUCAUGCGCGCUCGCAAGGCUAUAAAUAAGUCGAAGCGGAGCACCACGUGAUGCGGCUGUGUUGGUAGCAGUGGUAUGAUUCGCUCCAGCGUAUGAAAGGAGGCGGGGGGCUUAGACGAUGUGCUCGACGUGUCGGUGGAACUUGCA